CACUGGGGGCAGGAGUACGUCCAUUUGGGUGGACCGGAAAUACAGUUAUUCAAAACGGAAGAUCAGAAAGAAACCAAGACUUUCUAGCCAGAGACGGGUUUGUGUUGUGUGGACUUAAAUUAGCUAGUACAAAACAUGGGGAGAUAGUGUUUGUUUUGUCGGGUAAGUAUUUAAAAAAAAAUAUAUAUAUAUAUAUAUAUAUUUGGGAGAUUACAUGUACAUUUUGCCAGCUCGCUUGCACAGCAUAAUGAUUAUGGGAAGAUCUCAAUUGUAAUCCUCGCGUCCUCUCUCCUACUCAAAAACCCAUUGGAUGAGAAAGCCUGAGGUCCCGCCCUUCUGACCCUCUCCUCCAAUGGGUUUUUGAGAAGGAGGCAAAGCGAGGACGUAAACAAUUGAGAUUCUUCCCAUGUUGUUGUGUUAGCAUGUAUCUAGCUGGCUAAAAACUAGCUAGCAAGACGGCUAAGGUUAAGCUAGCUGCAUUUAUGGCUUGCCAUUCAAAUGUAACUUUCAAGUGAAAUAUAAAGGUAUUUAUUUGCUAUAUGUAGAUACGCUUGCUUGGACCAUUCCAUUGAAAAUGUGACCGUUGUGUCUUCAAGCUGAAUCUUUGAUAAAUCUGUAACGUUGGCCAGCUAACUAACGUUACCUAGCUAAACCAUGUUAGCCUGCUAACUAACUGAUGUUAACUGAAAUUAGCUGUGGUUGUGAUACAUUUGUUACUAGUUUUUCAACAUGAUCACGGAUUCCUCCAGUUAAAUUCAACGCUUGUCUCAUAAUCAAUUUUUAUCCAGAGUCGGCCGGCUAGCUAGUCAACAAACAUAGCCAGCUAGCUAGCUGUCACUUGAGAGUUGAUAUGCCCAUAUGCAAUAAUGUAACACUGACAGACGGUGUAAUGUUAUUGGUUUGCCAGCUGCAAUGUGUGAUAUUUGUUUUUUAACUAGCCAGUAAAUAUCCAUAUAAAUAUCAUGCCAGGUUUUGUAACCUAGAUUUUAGUUAGUUAGUCUGACAUUUAAAUAGCUAACUACCUAGAUGUCAUGUCAUGAUAAGAUCUGUUGACAUUUUUCCCAAAUUAUGUUUUCUCUUUAGUUUUUCCAGGUUUCUGUUUUUCCAAGGUUUUACAGGGUUUCAAGCUAAAAAAUCACACUUUUAAUAUUGUAGUCCACAACAAUGCUUAAGCUACACCAGGAGACCACUUUUGAGGUCUGGGGAAAAAUAGAAGAAAUAUGGGUUUUGGGGUGUAGUUAUCCUUUAAUGCAAGUGUGCACCAGCAAGAGACCCUUGUUUGGUUGGCUAUGUUUCUGUAGCGCUCAUGUGAUUGCAUUGAUGCAAAUAAUCAUGAUAUCAUUCUGCGAGGCAGGCAUAGGCUAUUUUGUAGUUAACAUUUUAAUUGAGAAGGUUUUUGAGAAAGCCUUUCCAUCUCUACCAGAAGAAGGGUAACAGCUACACAAAGUGUAGACAUACGCCAGCACCGCACACACACAGACAGGGGCAUUCCUGUGCCGUUUCCAAAAGUUGCAGGAAAAUACAAAUCACUGAUGCAUGUUGCUCAUGUCUUAUGAUUAACUUGGGCAAAUUAUUGCAUUUUCUAAUAUGUUCCAUACAUUUAGUACAUUCCUACUAAGUUCAAUACAUUCUGUGAUUCCGUCCACGUUCUCCGCAACGCAGAUUUUAUAGGGACCUAGUCAUAUCCCAUGUUCCAGUCUACCAUCACCCUGGCAUUCUGUGUGCUUGUUGAUUGAGGGCACAAGGAGCUUUUUUCUCUCACACUUUUCCCUUCUGAUUCCAGUUUCACGGACCUGGUCCUUACGACGACAGUGCAGACCCAGAGAGAGGCCCCACCAUCUGACAUCCUAGGUCUGGCAGAUUAUGACCCAGUACCAACCACAGUCCAACCGCUCCAACUUCUUCACCGUGAAAACAGAGGCCUCCUCAACACCACCUCUCGCCACCAGCAUGGCCAAUAGCAGCGCCGCCGCCCCUGGGAAGGUGAUGGGCACACCUGGCCCUGCCGGCAGAAUCAGCCCAGAAGGAAGUCAGGUGAGUCCUCCUGUCCAUCUCCUCAUCACCAACCUGGGUCAUGUUGGAAAAAGUUUUGUGACAGAAAAUGAAUGUUUCUUAUUAGACAGGAAGGCCCUCCCUGUUUCAGUUCGGAUUCUUCCAUUUGGUGGUUAAUAAACACGACCCUGGUAUACUCCAGCUGGGUGAUGUUUUUCAAUAGAAUUGUUCACAACAGAAAUCAAAGAAUUAACUAAAACUGUAAGGUCCAGUUCCUACUUGGCUUUGCAUACAUUGACACCAAUCCUUCAGUUUCAUGUGCUGGUUGGUUCUGUCAAAACAUGUUUUCUAUGUUCAUCUCCCUAGCCAGAUGCCAAGUUUCAGGGUGUACAAUGAGUAUAUAGCCUCUCUGCUUGACUGCACCGGCCUGCUUCUAGUGCACCAUUGACUAUGACUAACAACCUGUUUGCCCUCCACUCAGGUGUUGAGUAAAAAGAAGCUGCAGGACCUAGUAAGAGAGAUUGACCCCAAUGAGCAGCUCGAUGAGGAUGUGGAGGAGGUAUGUUUCCUAGUUCAGAAGUGUCUUUCACUGAAGCUUGCAAAAAACCCACAAUGCAAGACUAGUGCAUGCAAUGUUUUGGAGCCUCACCACUUGUGACCUGAGGUCCCCCAUCUGUCUUCCUCUCAGAUGCUGCUGCAGAUUGCAGAUGACUUCAUUGACAGUGUGGUGACGGCUGCCUGUCAGCUGGCCCGCCAUCGCAAGUCCAACACCUUAGAAGUGAAGGACGUCCAGCUACACCUGGGUGAGUAAAAGUACAGGCUGAUACUGGCUGAUGGUUGGAGCAGCAGCCGCUGCAGUCAGGGCUCUACACUGACCUUUUUUACAAGGAGCAUGUGUGCGCAUAAGUUGAAAAAUGUUGGCGCACACAAAGAAAUUUAGGAGCACAAUAGUAGAGGUAAUAAAGGUAGAAUCCUUAAUUUUUCUAGGUCACUGGUGCUUCUAAAUAGAAAUUCCAGGUCGCACAGCGAAAUAUUUUGGUGCAUAUGCGAGUAAAGUGGUCGCACUGUAGAGCCCUGUGUUUGUCUCCAUUACUGGAAUGAUUAAUUUACUAUGGCAAAAAUGAACAGCGUCUGAGAGCCUUGGGUGUAGCAGCUUAGAGUUUUAAAGAUAUGUAUAUAAAAAGGUGGAUGAAGUUAAUGGACCAUUUCCUGUUGAGUGUAUUUUCUCUUUGAUUUUUAUUCUCACUCCCUGUGUUGUCUGCCACUCCUCAACAGAGCGCCAAUGGAACAUGUGGAUUCCUGGCUAUGGUUCAGAUGAGAUUCGGCCAUAUAAGAAGGCUUGUACCACAGAGGCCCACAAACAGGUUUGUUUGUCACUCUUUCUUCUUGAUCACACCCAGGGUUCACAUUUAUACUAAUGAAUUGUGCUUUCAAUAAUUGAAAUGUACAGUGUCGUGAAAAAGUAUUUUCCCGCUUUCUGAAUUUCUUUAUUUUUGCAUAUUUUUGAUACUGAAUGUUAUCAGAUCUUCAACCAAAAUCUAAUAUUAGAUAAAGGGAACCUGAGUUUACAAAUAACAAAAAAAUAUAUACUUAUUUUAUUUAUUUAAUGAACAAAGUUAUGCAACACCCAAUGCCCCUGUGUGAAAAAGUAAUUGCCCCGUUACACUCAAUAACUGGUUGUGCCACCUUUAGCUGCAAUGACUGCAACCAAAUCUCAUCUAAAAGGUUUACUCAAGUUUGCCAAAAAGCACCUGGAAGCACCUGGAAGAUCAUCAAGACUCUUGGAAGGAUGAUAAUGGACAGAUGAGUCAAAAGUUAAACUUUUGGAUGACAUGGGUCCCAUUAUGCCUGGUGAAAACCAAACACUGCAUUCCACAGUAAGAACCUGUCAAGCAUGGUGGUGGGUGGUAGUGUGAUAGUUUCAGGAUGCUUUGCUGCCUUGGGACCUGGACGACUUGCCUUAAUAGAAGGAACCAUGAAUUCUGCUCUGUAUCAGAUAAUUCUACUGGAGAAUGUCAGGCCCUCCGUCUUUGAGCUGAAGCUGAAGCGCAGCUGAGUCAUGCAGCAAGACAAUGAUCAAAAACACACAAUCAAGUCUACAUGUAAAUGGUUAAAAAGCAACACAUUUGAAGUUUUGGAAUGGCCUAGUCAAAGUCCAGACCUAAUCCCAAUUGAGAUGUUUUGGCAGGACUUGAAAUUAGCAGUUCAUACUUGAAAACCCACAAAUGUUGCUGAGUUAAAGCAGUUCUGCAUGGAAGAGUGGGCCAAAAUUCCUCCACAGCAAUGUGAGACUGAUCAACAACUACAGGAAGCAUUUGGUUGCAGCUGGAGGUGGCACAACCAGUUAAUGAGUGUAAGGGGGCAAUUACUUUUUCACACAGGGGCAUUGGGUGUUGCAUAACUUUGUUUAUGAAAUAAAUAUGUAAUUGUUUUGCUGUUUGUUCACUCAGGUUCCCUUUGUCUAAUACUACGUUUUUGUUGAAGAUAUGAUAACAUUCAGUAUCAAAAAUAUGCAAAAGUAGAGAAAAUUAGAAAGGGGGCAAAUACUUUCACAGCACUGUACAUGUAUUAUAUAAUUAUUAUUUUUGGUGUAUUGUGUUUGUUUAGGAAGUAUUGAAAAUAAUUUCAAUAAUGCAAUAUGCGAUUGUGAUAUGUGGUUGUCUUACCUACCUUAGUUGAAUGCACUGACGGUAAGGCGCUCUGAAUAAGAAUGUCUACUAAAUCAGUCCAAAAAUCGAAUCAAACUUUAUUUGUCACAUGCGCCGAAUACAACAGGUGUUCACCUUACCGUGAAAUGCUUACUUACAAGCCCUUAACUGUGUACUGUUGGGGGUACUUGAGGACCAGGGUUGGGAAACACUGUACUAAAUGACCUAAAUGCAAUAGUGAUUGAGCAUGUUUUUCAUUUGUCUCAUCCAGAGAAUGGCAUUGAUCCGCAAAACAACCAAAAAGUAGCAAGACCUGGAACCAGCCUCGCACAAACCCUCUGAAGAUAAUGAAAGUGUGGGUUUUGCAUCAGGCUAUCGAAAACUGUGUAUAUUUCUAAUAAUGGGGGACAUUCUUUCACCCACGUCUUCAUCUCCCCCAGGUUCUGUGUGUGAUUUGUCAGUGCCAUCAUCACACAAGUAUUUUGAUCUACUUUUCACCACAGACUGGCCAAAAUCAAACACUCUUCAUUCUGUGGAAAUGUACACUCAGGUAUAGAGUGUUGUUUUGGGACAGUGUUUUGUUUUUGGAAUUAUCUAUUCAACUUUACGUUUUCGUUCAAGGGGUAACCACCAAACACAUACACUUUCAAAAUGGGGGUGGCUACCAGACUCUUUCCCACUUUUUUCCCUUUCUUUUGUCUGGCAUGCGUUUGCUGUUGUGUGUUUAGUUUUUGUGUUUAGUUGUUGUCACAUAAACAAACCCCUUUCAUCGAACAUCAGAAAUGUACACCAUUUGCAUUUAGUUCGUUUCCAGAAUACUGUCAUGGCACUAUGUUUUUGUGUGCUGUAGGGAUCUGAUGUCAUCUCCAUAGUUCAUUAGAAAAUUACCCAGGACAUUGUUUUUCAUAAGAUGUCACCAAUUAACAACAAAUGACUGAUUAUUAUUCCAAAACAAUAAGGAUGUGAAAUAUGGCUUGUAUCGCCAGACUGCAGUGAGAUGGCGUUGGGUAAUGGUCCUUAUUUGGGGAUGUGUGGGGAAGCAGUAACAUUUGUUUUACUUUAUAUGGCAGUGUUUUAGUUUAUUUUUAAUCCAUAAAUAAAACAAGAUUCAUAUUUCA